AUGGCCGACCCUGGCGGUGGCGGACGGUCACAGAGCAGCAACGGCCAGCCCAACGGCUCCCUUUCUGCUGGUCCCCGACGAACCUCCCUAUCCUCGUUCCCAUCCUCAAGAUCUCCCUCGCAGAUCUCAGGGGGGCCGUCGAGGUCGCCACAACCACCGAUUUUCGAUACGACGCGAACCUCGGACCACAGCCUUGCCAAUGCCUCCUCACGACGCUCCUCUGCCUCGGCGCCUUGUCGCCGGCGCGCGAGCUCGAAUGCGCCGCGGAAGCUACGAUCCCAAUACCCUCGGGGGUCCACGGAGAACCAUGUCGAGUAUAUUCUAGUUGCGUCGUUUGAUAUCGAUCGCGGCCCCGUCAUGGAACAUCAGUUUCCACUGGCGAUCACAGGCGAUGAGAACAUGCUGGCAGAGCUCAUGUUGCCGGAUCAGGCACACUCGCGCAAGUCGGAUUGGACUUUGUUCUUUCUCCACAAGGAAAGCAGCGAAGACGAGGAAGAUAAGGAGCGCCGGGCUAAGGAGGAUCGACGUAGGCGACGAAGGCGGAGACGAAAUCGGGCCGCAGGUAUCAUCGACGAGGAAGACGAGGACGCGCUCGACGAGUCGGAUGAAGAAGACGACGACGGAUCGGACGGCUACGAAACUUCGGAGAGCGAGCCCGAGGGCGGCGAGGGACCGCCGCUGAUUUAUGUGCUGAACCUGGUGAACACCAAGCAUGACAAGUCGGUGAAGCGCGGUGCGGUGGUGAAAGCAAUGGCUAUAUGCACGAGGCACCCUUUCCUCCAUAUCUACAAGCCUCUCUUGCUCCUCGCGCUCGAGGAGUAUUUCAAAUCCCCUGUCCCGGAGACGUUAUCAAUGCUCUUCGACGCUGUCAACGCCAUGGACUUGUCUCUGAUGCCUAAGCUGAGCCUGCUGGAAAGACAUCUGUUACUAGCCAGUGACAAUCGAGACUUGUUUGUCGAGAAGUUUGAGCGCAUGAUCCAACAGCGCAUUCUCGAGGACAAAGCUGAGGGCUCCUCUGUAGAUUUGGGGGAAGGCAACCAAAGUCCGGCCAGAACAGCCGGCAUAUCGCGCAACGGCACCAGAGCCUACGUCGAGGGAGGCCCGUCAGCCUACUCAGUUCCUCGAGACACCCACGAGCUGGAGACGAAGAUCAUGUACAAGGGCAUCCCCAUCCCAGUCAAGGUUCCCACGGCGAUCAUGCCAGAGACAGUGGGCGAUUUCUCCCUGAUCAAACUAAUCCAGAUAUUCUCCGACGUGCACGCGAAGCAGCCUCAGCCCUUUCCACUGCACCCACACCUCACAACCAACGGCAUCCAUACCCAUCCAAUCAUCGUUCUGGUCAACGGUCUCUUGACCCAGAAGAGGGUCAUCUUCCUGGGCCACGGCAUGCCGUCGGGCGAGGUUGCUGAGGCUGUUCUGGCGGCUUGCGCGCUUGCCUCUGGCGGUAUCUUGCGAGGCUUCACGCGGUUCGCCUUCCCCUAUACCGACUUGACCAAGAUCGACGACCUGCUGAACGUGCCGGGCUUCAUCGCCGGCGUGACAAACCCUACCUUUGAACACCACCCGGAAUGGUGGGAUAUUCUGUGUGACCUGCCCAGCGGUCGCGUCAAGAUCAGCAGCAAGAUCGAGCCGGCCAUGCCUACCGACGGGCUGCAAAACUACCAGCAACAGAACCCUGCAUACGCGUCCCUGGCGGGCGGCCUGUCGAGUCAGUCGAUGGAUCUGACGGGGGACCAGGCCUUUAUGGCAGACAUUCUGCGUAGCAUCGCGGCCCGGCAUGGCGAGCGUGUGAUCCGCGCCAAAUGGAGGGACUGGGUCCUCAAGCUUACGCGCAUCGCGGCGCAGUUCGAGGAGAGCGUCUACGGCGCGAGCGCUCUGUACAUUGGAAGCGACGAUGAGCAAUUGACGCUCCCUGGCGCCAGUGGGCAUGGCUACGUGUGGUCCGAUGACAUGGCCAAGCAUAGGGAGCUUGCUGGCAACAUAACAAGGAUCGAAGGCUGGCGCAACACGAGGAGCUACUACAGCUUCGUCCAGGAUCUCGCACAGCUAUAUACGGUGCGCCCGCUAAAGGGGCUUGACGUGGCACACAUGCACGACAAACUGCGUCUGCAGCGAUUGUCCCCUACGCAGAGUCGGGACAUUUACUUUACAUUAUCCAAGCACAUACAUUCGUACGACGAGAUAUGCCUCCUUCUCAGUGUGGCACCCGAGUCGCACGCGGGUCUGUUCUACAUCGCGCUCGGCCUUUUUCACAAGGAGCCCGAAGUCAGAGCGAAGACGGCCGAUCUAUUAGAGCGCAUAGCCGAGCAUGAGGCAGGACAGCACUGGUGGAAGAGCUUGAGCAGGUUUGAGAAGAUGGCCUACGAGCGCAUGAGGCGGGAGGCCGAGCAGGCGGCCAUGAGUCCGUUGGAGAAGGCGAUAUCGCCAGGCAGCAUGCAGCGGAUGAGUUGA